UGAGAGGGCCAUUUCCUUCCGGGCGGGGGUCAAAUCCUCGGGAAGCCGAGCCAUCCCGUCCAACUACCUGUCCCAAACGGGGCGCAGGCCAUGUCACCUCUCUAGGAGGCUCCGGAGAACCGGCCACGCUGUCCCUUUCGGGUGCAGAAAGCCGGCUCCCCCCGGCCCGCUGGGAAGAUUCCCUGCUACACAUCCGGCCGGGGCAUCUGAGGGCAGGAGCCAAGCCAGCCGUGCCCGAUAGACCAGUAGAGAGCACUCUCGCCUGACUGCCUGUCCUUCUCACCGGACCCAGACUCGGCACCGCACACUCCCCCGACGCGGGGUCGGGGAAGCGGGGGGAGCGGCGCAGUCACGCGCGCAUCACACUUGCGCUCACAAGCGCGCAAGGCUCUCGCUCUCCGCCCGGCACACCUGCGCUCCGCCCCCUGGUCCCGGGCCGGCGACGGUCGAAGGCUUUUGGGAACCCAGGGUGGCGGCGGCGGCGUCCCCGUUCUCUUUCCCUUCCCAGGGCUGGAGUUGUCCGGAGCCUCUCCCCGGUCCCAACCAGCCCGCAUCCCUCUCCAUCCUUCCCUCCCCCCGCCUGCCGCGGCACGGGUAUCUGCGGCCGCAGCCCGGAGCCCUUGAGGCGGCGAGGGGGGGAGGGGAAGAAAGCAAGGGAUGAGCGCCGGGAGGGCGUCGGGGGCCCUGAGCCGGACUAGGACGCCCCUGGAACCGGAACCCGAGCCGGAGCCGGAGCCAGAGCUAAACCACCGCUGCAGCCCCCUAACCCCAGGAGGCGCCCUGGCCAGCGCUCGCCCCCCAGGGCCUCAUGUCGGAACCACAGCCUGACCUGGAGCCGCCCCAACAUGGGCUGUACAUGCUCUUCCUGCUUGUGCUGGUCUUCUUCCUCAUGGGCCUGGUAGGCUUCAUGAUCUGCCACGUGCUCAAGAAGAAAGGCUACCGCUGCCGCACCUCGAGGGGCUCGGAGCCUGAUGACACCCAGCUCCAGCCCCCUGAGGACGAUGACAUGAAUGACGACACGGUAGAGAGGAUUGUUCGAUGCAUCAUCCAAAAUGAAGCCAAUGCUGAGGCCUUGAAGGAGAUGCUGGGGGACAGUGAAGGAGAAGGGACAAUGCAACUGUCCAGUGUGGAUGCCACCUCCAGCUUGCAGGACGGAGCCCCCUCCCAUCAUCACACAGUACAUCUGGGCUCCGCAGCCCCUUGCAUCCACUGCAGCCGCAACAAGAGACCCCCACUUGUCCGUCAGGGACGCUCCAAGGAAGGAAAGAGUCGCCCCCGGCCUGGGGAGACCACUGUGUUCUCCGUGGGCAGGUUCCGGGUGACACACAUUGAGAAGCGCUAUGGGCUGCAUGAACAUCGUGAUGGCUCCCCCACGGACAGGAGCUGGGGAUCUGGUGGGGGGCAGGACCCAGGGGGUGGCCAGGGGUCUGGCGGAGGGCAGCCCAGGACAGAGAUGCCUGCCAUUGAGAGCCUUCCCCCUGAGAGGCCACAGCCCCAGGCCCUUGCCAGCCCCCCAGUGCAGAAUGGAGGACUCAGGGACAGCAGCCUAGUCCCUCGUGCACUUGAGAGGAGCCCUGGAGCCUCUGCAGAGUCGAUGCUGGGGGCUGGGGGGAGGGGCCCAAGCCCAGGGCUGGCCAGUCAAGAGGAAAAUGGACAGCCAAGCACACCGGACACCUCAGAUCACCAGGUGUCCCCACCACGGGGGGCAGGGGGUGUGUGAGGUGAGUCUGCCUGGGCCCCAAGUCAAAUAAUCUCAUCCUCCCAC